AUGCGGUCAGACCCGUUUAAGCCGGCGCAGCGGGUAGCUGGACAGAAGCAAGAUGUUUGGUCUAUCGUCAAUGAAGCCGCUGCCGCUUCGCCCGUCCAACCGAUCAUCAACAUGGGCCAAGGGUUCUUCGGAUACAACCCUCCUCAGUUUGUCCUGGACGCGGCAAAGGAGGCACUGGACAAGGUCGACUGCAAUCAGUACUCGCCCACGAAGGGACGACCGCGGCUAAAGAAGGCCAUUGCGGCCGCAUACUCGCCGUUCUUCGGCCGGGAGAUCAAUCCGGAGACUGAAGUCACCAUCACGACGGGUGCGAAUGAGGGCAUGCUCUCGGCCUUCAUGGGUUUCCUCGAACAAGACGAUGAGGUGAUAGUCUUCGAGCCCUUCUUCGACCAGUACAUUUCCAACAUCGAGAUGCCCGGUGGAAAAGUCGUCUACGUACCCAUGCAUCCACCCUCAACCGGUGCAGCCAAGACGUCCUCAGCCGCCGAAUGGUCGAUCAACAUGGACGAGCUCAAAAAAGCCAUCACGCCGAAGACGCGCAUGAUCGUCCUCAAUAGCCCGCACAAUCCGAUCGGGAAGGUCUUCUCUCGCGAAGAGCUGCAGGCCAUUGGUGACCUCUGCGUCGAGCACAACAUCAUCAUCCUCUCGGACGAAGUCUACGACCGCCUGUAUUACGUUCCGUUUACACGGAUAGCUACUCUGUCUCCCGAGAUAGCGAAGUUAACGCUGACGGUAGGCUCUGGUGGCAAGAACUUCUAUGCUACUGGGUGGAGAGUGGGCUGGCUCAUAGGACCCGAUCAUCUCAUCAAGUACGUGAGUGCGGCGCACACGAGAAUCUGCUACAGUAGUGUUAGCCCGCUUCAGGAGGCCACGGCUAUCGGUUUUGAGCAGGCAGACAAGCAUGGUUUCUGGGAUGAGAGUAAGAAAGAAAUGAAGGGCAAGAUGGACAAGUUCAACAAGAUCUGGGACGAGCUUGGCUUGCCGUACUCCGACCCCGAGGGCGGCUACUUCGUCCUCGUCAACAUGGCAAAGGUAAAAGUGCCCGAAGAUUACGAUUUUCCGCCGCAUGUUGCCGAACGACCGAAAGAUUUCAAGCUAUCUUGGUUUUUGAUCAAGGAAAUUGGCGUUGCGGCGAUUCCGCCAACAGAGUUCUUCACGCCGGAGAACGCGCACAUUGUCGAAGACUACUUGCGGUUUGCGGUGUGCAAAAAUGAUGAUGUCCUGGAACAGGCGCAUGAAAGACUACGAGGACUGAAGAAAUAUAUUCAGAGAUAG